GUACAAAAUUGGGUCAAAUCGAGUCUCCCAAGCCCACUCAAUCGGCCCACCUUGACAUCCCAACUAUCUCCCUUCGUCUUCUUCAAGACUUCAACAGCAAGUCUGCACCUUGACACCACUCUGUCACAGAUCAGAGUCCAAGACGCACAGAGAUGGCUGCAAAAGGAGGGAAGAGAGGGAGGGCUUGCGUGGUGGUGUUAGGUGACAUUGGGCGCAGCCCCCGUAUGCAAUAUCAUGCUCUUUCGCUUGCCCGUCAGGUAUCUCUGGAGGUAGAUAUUGUUGCAUAUGGAGGUUCUGAACCCCAUUCUGCUGUACUAGAACAUCAGUCUAUUCACAUACACAAAAUGCAGUGGCCAACAUUUCCACGUGGCGUACCCAGCAUACUUAAGCCCUUGGUGCUUUUGAUCAAGCCAGUGAUUCAAGUUUUAGUGCUUCUUUGGUUUCUUUGUAUUAAGAUACCCGCGCCUGAUGUUUUUCUAGUGCAGAAUCCACCUUCUGUUCCAACCUUAGUGGCUGUAAAAUGGGCAAGCUGGCUUAGGCGAUCUGCAUUUAUUGUUGAUUGGCAUAAUUUUGGAUAUACGUUACUGGCACUGUCCCUUGGAAGAAGUAGUCGAUUUGUGGCAAUAUACCGUUGGUUUGAGAGGCAUUUCGGGAAGAUGGCAGAUGGUUCCCUAUGUGUAACGAGGGCAAUGCAACAUGAAUUGGCUCAAAAUUGGGGAAUUAAAGCCACGGUUCUAUAUGAUCAGCCUCCUGAGUUUUUCCGUCCUGCUUCACUUGAAGAAAAGCAUAAGUUGUUCUGCAGAUUAGAUAAAAGUCUGAGGAAGCCACUUGGUGUUCAAGAUUGCACUAGCACUGGAACCGGGGAAAUGUUGAAUAAGGACAUAAAUGAGACUGUGUUUAGCACUCUGGUUGGCACGGACAUUACUUCAAAGCUAGACAGGCCGGCACUCAUAGUUAGCAGUACAAGCUGGACUCCCGAUGAGGAUUUUGGCAUUCUCCUGGAAGCAGCUGUCAUGUAUGACAGGCGUGUUGCUGCUAUUUUGAAUGAAGAUGAUUCUAUUCAAGAAGAGGCUCUUUGGAAGGAAAUGCAGAGUGGGAAGCAAUACUUGUAUCCGAGGCUGUUAUUCGUCAUUACAGGUAAGGGGCCUGAAAAAGAAAAGUAUGAAGAAAAAAUUAGCAGAUUGCACCUCAAAAGGGUGGCAUUUCGUACUAUGUGGUUGUCAGCUGAGGACUAUCCAUUGCUUCUUGGGUCAGCAGAUCUUGGUGUAUGCUUGCAUACAUCCUCAUCAGGGUUGGAUCUUCCCAUGAAGGUUGUGGACAUGUUCGGUUGUGGGCUGCCCGUUUGUGCUGUUUCCUACUCAUGCAUCAAGGAAUUAGUGCAAGUUGAGAAAAACGGCCUUCUAUUUUCAUCGUCUUCAGAGCUAGCUGAUGAACUUUUGAUGCUGUUCAAGGGUUUUCCAGAUGCAUGUGAUUCACUGAAGGGUCUCCGUAAUGGUGCAUUGGAAAUGUCUUCUUCUAGGAGGUGGGCUACUGAGUGGGAAGAGCAUGCGAAAGCAUUAAUACUAGAGGUUAUCUCUAAAAAUUUAGAUUGAUUUCUGGUUCCAGUCGAAAGUUGUUUGGUCGUUGAGGUUUGGCAGAGCAGUCAAUUUCGCUGCCAGUAAAGUAAUUUGCAAAGCCAAAAUUCAGAAUAGUUUCCUGGACACAGAAGUAUGCUGUCAUUUAAUAUUGUGAUCCAAAUAGCAUAUUCAGAGUGUAUCGCACAUUGGAAUAUUGUGAAUAUUUGCAGAUCUUAGACUUCAGAACUGGCUUGUUUGACAGCCUAUUGAAACAGAACAACAGUACACUUCAUGUAUCUUUUAGCUCAAGUUCAUAUUGCCUCUUUCUGUUAUGAACUGAGUCUAUUUUAUUUUAAUAAUAUUGUUUUCAGGUUUUUAUAAACAAUAA